UGUCUACCUCUGCUGUUUUUGUGUGUUAUUGUGUCUAGUCGCGACGCAGCACGCAUUUCGCUCCCUUUCUCUUACCUUUGACCGUCGUGCCUGUCCGUCCCGUUGUUCUCCGACAUCGUUUCUUCGUCACACCUUUGCCCGUGUUCUGCUCUCAUGAGAUACGAGAGUUUUUGUACUUCCAAAGUGGUUCCAUUAGAAGCAAUCAUGAGUCGAAGUGGCCCCGUUGGAUCCUUGGGCGGUGGUGGUUGGGCAGGAGCCUCUCCAACUGUACCGAACCCAGACGGCUCCUUUAUGGACAAUUCCAAAGAAAGCAAGAGAAGGGACAAAGUUCUAGCAGACAUGUAUGAAAUGUUCCUGGAUUCAGUUGAGCCUGAAGUUAUUCAAUCUGUUGUUCAUUCUUGUGGAUUUAAUCACAAGAAAUCCAUGGAUGCACUUUUAGAUAUUUGUGGGACAAAGAAUGCUCCCACAGGUGUGCAGUCUGCUCAGAAACCAAGUAAACCUGCCCUAAAUGGGACUUCACCAGCUUCUGCAAUUCGGUCACAUGCUGCAUUCUCAGGAAACAACAGAAGUCCAGUCCCGGAAACACCAAGAAGUAACUCAAGUUCAGGUGCAAUACCACGAAAACCUUUGACAAAUAGUUUACCUAUGGAAAGGCCUGUGAAAAAUGUGCAGCCUGUUGCCACAGACAAGAUGAGAAAAGUGAGGUGGUAUAUUGAGAACGGAAAACGCAUCAUGAUUUUAAUGCGUGGCUGCCCAGGUUCUGGGAAGUCAUAUCUGGCUCAAGGUCUUGUUCUUUCUUACGGGGGAAAACCAAAGGAUUAUGUCUUCUCAACAGAUGACUAUUUUAUGAAGAGGAAUGGUUAUGAUUUUCAUCCUGCGCAAUUAUCUGAAGCUCAUCAGUGGAACCAGACAAGAGUUCUGAAGAAAGUACGAGAAGGUUUAAGUCCUGUUAUUGUUGACAAUACAAAUACUCAGUUAUGGGAGAUGACAUUAUAUGCCAGUAUGGCAGUCAACUAUGGAUAUCUGAUUGAAAUACUUGAGCCAGACACACCUUGGUUCUCCAAAUUAAAUGAGCUUUUUAAGCGCAAUAAACAUGGAGUUCCAAGAGAAAACUUAAGAAACAUGUUAGAUCGCUAUGAAUCUGGCAUAUCUGUUGAUGACCUCAUAAAAUCUACUGGAGCAAAUUAUUCUAGACCUCCACCUCAACCAGCUGAACAUUGUCUGGUUUCGCCCAUGGCAGUGGGAGCUCCUAGUCUAGUCCCCUUGAAGAAUGCCAAUCCUGAACAGAGGAUUAAUAAAAAGGAGACAACUUUACUUGCAGAAUUAAAAGAUACAAACCUGACAUCACAAGUCAAUUCCAAAUCAUUGACUGGUGGUGAAGGGUUUUAUUUUGGACAAAAUGCUAACAGCAGUUUAAAUUUUUAUACCUUGGGAAGUAAACAAGGAAACAAUUCUUCACCUCCAGAUGCUUUUAACCUGUUACUCAAUUCUAAUUCAAGAGGCUCAGAUAUAUUUAGUAGAGAUUUUAAACCAGGAUUAGAAUCUAUUACUGGAGGCAAAGAAUUGGGUAUUAAUGAAAAACUAGCAGUUAGCUCCAGUAAAAUGUUUCCUAUGAAUGAUACAUCAGAUUUUUUACUGCCGUUUUCGCAAAUUCCAAAACGAAAUGAGGAGUCCAGUAGUGGUUUUUCAGUGUCAGUAGAAAAGAAUAAUAUUGCAGCAGUUACUAGUGAACAAAGUGAUAGAAAAAAUCCGUCCUUGCAAGACUCUCUGUACUCCAAAGAUACAACAACCAGUGUUGCUUUUGUUCAAGAUGGUGAAGAUAAAGAAGAUAAAAUUCUGUUAAAUUCGGUUGUGCAAUCUAAUGCUAAUGCCAGCAGUGAUAAUUCUUCCAGCAUUUCUUCUUUAGCACCACUGGAUGUUUUAUUGAAAGAAACUCCAGUCAGUUGCCCUGUUGAUUUGAUGGGAUCUGCUGAUGCUCAAGAAACAAAGAGUUCAAUGAAAACUCAACCUCUUAUUUCUACAGCAAGCUGGAUUGGAAUGGCUGAUUGGAAUGUUGGUGUUGACAAGAAUGAAAGUAAUGAUGUCAUUCAGCAAAAUCCUUUACCAAAGCCACCUCGUUCAUUUAAUAUGAAAAAUAUUCAGGAUUAUUGCCAGUCUGUCAAGGAUUUGAAUGCUGCAUCUCCAAUUGAAUCAACUGGCUGGGCACAUUGUGACGAUAAUUUAAUAUCCUGGCAGCCCAUUGACAAAAUCCAACAAGGGUUAAUUUAUAAAGAAGAAUCAGCAGGCCCACAGAGUCUAUUAGACAACUCUCAACGUUCUAGAUUUGUUAAAGUUGAUGUUCAAGACAAGGAAACAAACACCCAUCAUGCUGACUUUUGUACCCUAAGUCAAGUUUCUUCUAAUGGUGCAGUAGAUGGUGUUGUUGUUUUAAAUACCUAUGAUAGAGACAUCAACAAAGGAAGAACAGUCCAUGAUUUUAAAAUUCCUCUUAAAUUAAAACUCGAUAAAGGAACUGUAACUGAAAAUGAUUUUGAAAUGGAACUAAAAACAGAGAGUAAGCAGGAGAAGAUAAAGGAGCUGUCACGUCUGUUCCCAAAUAAAUCAACCGCCAGCCUCAAAGAAUUUUUAAAACAAUGUAAUUGGGACGUUAACUAUGUGUCUAAUCUUCUCCUUGAUGAGACUGACAAUGAUGCUCUCUGUACCUCAUUUGUAGGUGAUGAUAGUAUUGAUUCAGAUUCCGAUGUAGAACCCUCAACACAGGAACCUCCUGAGGAAAACCUUGCGGUAACUGAAACUAUUAUUUGUAAUGAACCCAAUGAUGAUCAAAAUACAUCAAAUGCCAUAGAAGAAGCUGAGGAAGUGAAAAGGCAUAUAGAGUCAAGUAUUGACUUUAGUGAAAGGAGCUAUUCCCCUCAUCUUCUGGCAAUUAAAAAUUUCCGAAGAGGCCUAAGGGAAGGUGCAAUUCCGAAGUCCACUUCACCUGUCUCUGAAGAUCCUUUUGUCAUACCCCAAGGUCUUUCAGAUGAAUGUAACGAGCCAACUCCAGAACCAUCUCAAUCUCCUUCUGAAAGUAGUGAUGGAGAUGAAUCAAAUGAGACAUUAGAGUUUAUUGUAGGUCAGGACUUUGUUCAGCAAUUGGCAGAUAAAUUUGGAGGGUCUUGUAAUGUUGGAAAUGUUUCACCGCUUGUCAAAUUUCCUAUCAGUCUUGCUCGUCAAAUUCAUGAUAUUAUAUUUGCUUCAAAUGAAGAAGAGGAUGGUGAUUUUGCAAUGAAGCUGCAAUGUGAGGAAGAUGAAAGAUUAGCACGACAACUGUAUGACGAAAUGAUGAGCUCUCAUGCUAAACAACGGGCUGACACGUCACCUCCUCAACUGAGAGAAAUCAUGGACAUGGAGCUAGCACAAGCCAUUUACAAAGCAGACGUCGAUUCAUUAUCAAGAAACACUCCAGAAACAGCAGCAAAUAUUCUUGCUAAACGCCUUCUUGAGGAGAACUAUAGCAAUAUUGACAAAAGAACACUUCAUGAUAUUUAUGUGUCAUGUAAUUACUCUUUUGAAGACACCGUUAAAACUCUUCAAGAAGCUCUUUCAUCUGAUGGCCAAGUAUUUGGUGUAAAAGGAACAGCUGAAAGAGAGCAAGAACUUAUAAGAAGAGCUCAACAAGCAAGUAUGCAAGGAACAGUCCAAGGAGCUGCUUCUGUCGAUGUGUUUAGUGACGGCAGUCUGUCACGAAAAGAGAGAGGAUGCCAAAGGAUUGAAGACUCCAUUGAAAAUGAUAAUCCAUGGGAUCUUUCUGAUCCGAAAGCAUAUUACAAUAAAUAUAGGGCUAAGGCGGAUGAAUAUUUAAAGGAACGUGAUGAAAUGUACCGAAAGGCUAGUGAAGCCUUCAAACGACAACAGAGAUCUGUUGCAGCUUAUUAUGCAAAACUGGGUGAGUUAAAUGGGAAGAAAUACCAGAAUGCAAGUGCGAUGGCUGCUGCAUCCCUAGCUGCUGCCCAAGCUGAUUCCCAAAGCGACACCCUUGAUUUGCACAACUUCAAAGUUGCUGAGGCCGUUAUAGUCUUUGACUUGUUCAUAGAUUUUCGGAUUAGAUUAUUAUCUGAACGUGGCGCUUCACAAGAGUGUCUCAGUAUCAUUACAGGAAGAGGUUCCCACAGCGUCAAUGGGAAACCUCGCAUAAAGCCAGCUAUUAUCAAUCGUGCUAAGAAACGUAACCUGAGAUGUCAAACAUUGCAGAAUCCAGGUGUCGUCAGAGUCUGGGCUUCAUCUGAUUCCAAGCCUUCCCACGAAAUAGACUAAAUAGACGUUUAUUAAAUGCACCUCCAUCUUAACAUAAUCUUCAAAGCAUUACCUUGUAUAAAGGUUAAUUGUGGUUGUCAAUUGUGGUUGCAUUCAUAUUUCAGUGUGUCACUGUUAAUUUCUAAAUGUAUAGCUUAAAAAUUGUUGUUUAAAUUCUUCAUUUUUGCCCUAUUUCUUUCUAAUAAAAUCUCAAUCAUGUUAUGCCUCAUUCUGCUGUGCUGAACUGCAAAAUUAGGCUGUGACUACUGCUAGUAUAGUUUAUGUGUAUCUUCUCUAUGAUGAGAUUUGAAAAAAUAUUGUGCAGUACCUUUGCGCAACUGUAGCUAAAUUCUGUGCGAUUGUUGGGACUGCAGUAACGUUUAGGAGUGGACUAUCAACUUAAGACUUGUAAAUGUAGCUACUCAAUGUUUUUAAGUCAUAGUGAAGUUUUAUCUUGCAAAAUCAAAUCAUAGUAUAAAAUAUUAUUUUUUUAAUUUUUUAUAUAUUGUUGUAUGAACUGAUUUUAUGCUCAAGUUUGUCUUCUCUGUGGGUUAUGUUACCAUAUAUUACUAUAAGCAAGAUUUUGCUCAAUUUCUUAUACUUCAUACUUUUUUUUAUAUAGUUGCUUCUUUGUGGGAGGAAUGCCAUGCUAGAGUGAGGUAGCUGUAGGUAAGAUUUACUGUAUUUUAAUCAGUGUUUUUCAUUGAAUUGACAAUCUGUUGACGCACUUUCAUCAUGACCCCAGCGUGCUUCCCCCAGCGUGCUUCCGCCAGCGCCCUACCCUCAACACCCUUUCCCAACGCUUCAUCGCGCUUCAUCCCUAGCGAGUCCAGCGCGUUUUGCGUGCAAGCCCCCGAGCACGCAACUGCUUCAGUUCAUCCCUUUUAAAAGUUAAAAGUAGCAAAUUAAUUCAAUUAAGUAAUUACAACUAGGGUUGUUCAGGUGAAAUCGUACCUCAUGGGAAUAUUCUUAUUGUUUGUUCAAUGUUAACUCUCUUUCAAUUGAGGCGAGACACUUUCUGUGUUAGUUACGUAUCCAUUUUACGAAAUUGAUUGGUUGCCUGCAUAUCCUCCAUAUUUGAAAAUAGCCAGUUAAAUUUGAAGUAUUAUAUUUUUAAUUUAGUUAGAUGCUAUUUUUCCUUUUUAAUAACAAGUAAUUGGCGACUUCCAAGGAAAUUUAGCCUUAACCACAUUUCCCCACUCUUAUACAAUGACAAACUCAGUGUUUUCUGAUUCUCGGGUUCGAGAAAACAUGUUCUUGUACUUAAAGGUGAGGAUGCAACAGGGUAUUUUUCUUAGUGCCAUAAUUAAGUUAAGCAUGAAGGUGGUCAUCAAUGCCUGUAUUCCAUUGCAUUCUUUUUUUUAUGUGACAACUUAAUAAAUUUAUGAGGUUUUUGUCAAA